GCGGAGCGCUGUAGCCAAUCAGAGGCCGAGGCGGGGAGCGGUGAAAAUGGCGGGUGGUGUGGAGGUGCAGGAGGCGACUGAGGUGUUUGCGCGGUUAAAGAAGUUGUCUUGUCCGUCUCUUGAGGGAGUUUAUGUGACUGAGCCCCGGGGUAUUCAUCAGCUCUUGUGCACGCCGUCUGCUCAUCGCCUGGACAUCCUGGAAUGGAUAUGCGCCAGAGCGUACCCCCCUCUACAGGAGCACUUCUCGACUUUGAAGGAAUCUCAGGCAGAAGUAAAAGUGAAAGAGAUGGCAAAACUUGGCUUUGAUCUGAUGUUGUGUCAUCCAGAAGACGUGGACCUCAUAAAGGGGAAUGUUAGUCCAAGCAGACAGCUGUCAUUCAUGAGACAGUUACUGGACAUUAUUCAGACUUGUGAGGAGUUCUCCAACAGUUCUGAGCUGCCGCCCUUGGCUCCGGGCAGCCGUGAUAAGAACUUCAUUACCUAUGCCCGUGAGAACGAGGAGCUUCUAAAGGAACUAUUCUCAAGUCCACACUUCCAAGCAACCCUAGCUCCAGAGUGCAAUCCCUGGCCUGCGGACUUGAAACCUCUUUUAGUCCCAGAGGAAAUUCAGAAAAGGACACUUCCCUGCAGCAAGGACAACGCCAUCGGUGACCACAUCAAAGAGUUACAGAAACUCUCGUUAAAUCUUGAAGAUCUUAAACAAGAGUGCACAUUCCUCGGCAGUUCUGCUCCUGGUGAGGAAACUGUAAUUCAGAAGCUUAGGCUGGCCCUGACAGACUUCCAUCAACUCAUCGCAGCUUUCACUCAGGUGUAUGAGAAUGAUUUUCAAGAACACUGCGGACACCCGGCCCCUCAAAUGAGCCCGGCAGGCCCGCUCUUCCAGUCAGUACACCAGCUGUUGACCAGAUGCUGCAAGGAUCUAGAGGCUAUUGCCCAAUUUACAGAGACUUCCAGUACGAUAGACAAAGUGGUGAUGAAAAGACAACAAGCUAAAGAGUGCUGGGGAGGAGGCAGCAUGGCCACGUUGUGUGAGAAAAUCAAGGAACUAAAGCAAAACUAUGAGUUGUUCCAGAGCUCACUCCAAGACUAAGAAAACAAGAGACGGGGGAGCGCUCAUUAUGACAAGAGUCUAAGCUUGGAGUGGCAUCACCACGUGAAAUCCAGUUUCAGGCAUAGAAGUCUUGAUGAACUUGAAAUACUGCCUGCUGUGGCCACUCCACCUGCCUCCGUAGAGGAAACCAUUUUGUACAGUGACAAAUUUAUUUAUGUAUGACAUGUUAAGUGUAAAUUUGAAAGGGGGUCUGUCAGCAGUUUUGACUAUGCUAAACUGCUGACAGCGCUAGGUACAGUAUGGGGAGUAAACAUGCCUUUUGUGAAGCUGGAAUAUGAAGCUUUGUUCUGCCGCUUCAAGUGCCCAGGAGGUAAAGCUUAACUGUGAAGUGAUCUGGGCAAGGAGGCGCCUCUCCUCUGGUCUGAGUGAAAGAUAUGCAUCCAGCCAGGAGAGGGCUACAGUGAUGCUCCGCCUCCUGGGCACUUGCAGGAGCAGAAUCUAGCAGAAUAAAACUUCAUAUUCACCCUACUCUUGAUGGCAAAAGCUUUACAAAAGGUAUGUUUGUACUGCCCUUGCUGGCAGCUGCCUAGCACUGUUAGCAGUUCAGCAUGGUCAAAACUGAUGGCAGACUCUCUUUAACAACUUAGUUACUCCUGUACUAUACAUUACAAUGAAGACUCUCAUUGAUUCAGUCUAGUUAUGCUUUACAUAUAAUGUUCAAUAACUUGUGCAGGGAAGAGAAAUAGAUGUGCCUCCCCCGACUUUCCCUAUUUAUGAGCUAUGGGCAACAAUAAUCCAGGCUUUUGUUUCGUGUGGCCAGCAGUCUGAGUCUCUGCACUAUAUGCUUUCUAUGCAUAGUUAAAGGGGUUAUCUGGGAAAAGACAUUGAUGACCUAUCCUCAGGAUAGGUCAUUUAAUAUCAAAUCAGCGAGGGUCCAACUCCCGGGACCCCUGCCGAUCAGCUGUUAGAAGAAGCCGGGCACUCCGUAAGCGCCAUGGCCUCUUCCCAUGCCGGUGAUGUCACUGUACAUCGGUCACGUGGCCUAGUUGCAGCUCAGCCCCAUUCAACUCAAUGGGGCUAAGCUGCAAUACCAAGCACAGCCACUAUAUG